UCAGAGAGAGGAAAAGCGUCCUUAAACGUGGGCUGUUGUGUAAUCCCUCCCAGGGCCCCUUUGCUAUUUUUGUGCCUGGGUCCGCACGUCACGGUUGGGUAUUUUCUCUGGUGACUAGCUCGCAUCAAUAGAUCUUCUAAUGUACACCCAGUCGGCCAGCAGCUUCAUGACUGAUGGGACUUUACCUUGCUAAAUUCUUGCAUUGUUGUUGCCCUGACAUGAGGAGAAUGGAGAAACGGACUAUGCAGCAUGAGGAAUGUCACAUGUGACUGUCGAUAUGGGACGGGGGACUAUUCAAAUGUCAGAUGACCCUUCCCUGCAAACCACAUGCAUGAUAAUAUCACUCCAGUUACAUAACAGAUAUUGUACCUGAAAAUCGAUCUCAAAGGAAGUGACAUUGGAUUCAUGGAGUCACUUGAAACUACUGCAGGGGUGAAAAACUCUGUUGAGGGUCAGGACAGAAAUGCAGCAGCACAGAAAAAAGGCACAUCGGAGUCUGUACAGACCAGAAGGAGUCUGUCAGUCGAAUUGGAAGGCAAAGGGUGGCACCAACAAGCAGAAGUUCAAAGCAAAGACACGUGUGGUUUCAAAGAAAUGUCUGACUCAGGGAAAUCACUGCAAUUAGAAGAUCAGCACUCCCAAACCAAGUCCACAAGCCAUCAAGACUACGAGGUGUCUCCAUACCCACCACAGUCCACAAAGACGUAUUCUGUUGGCAGACAGAAGGUUUCCGCACAGUCCCCUGGACCCACAACUCACAGGAAAUCACCGGAAGUCCAACAACAGGGUUCCCAUUCAGGAAUGGAUCAGCUGUCAGAGACGACAUGUAAGGUGGACCUGAAACCACAGAAGCCAGGGAAGUAUGUUUGUGAUUACUGCGGAAGGGCAUGUGCCAAACCCAGCGUGCUCAAGAAACAUAUUCGCUCACACACAGGAGAACGGCCCUAUCCUUGCAUCCCCUGCGGCUUCUCCUUCAAAACCAAAAGUAAUUUAUACAAACACAGAAAGUCCCAUGCUCACUCAGUCAAAGCUGGAACAGUGCCAUUCUCAGAACUAGGUUCUUACAAUGCCAACACAGACCAGGGGUCCUUUGAAGGGGAAGGAGAGUUAUACUCUGAUGCUGAGCAAAGCACGGACACAGACGAGGACACUCUUAAUGACCCGCUGCUGCUGCUGGACUCUCCAAUGGAGGGAUCAGAUAACACGGCUGUAAAAGUACUAAAUCUCAUUGCUCAGAAAAGGGGAGCCACGUCAAUGUCAGCUCAGGAUGGUUCAUCCCAACCCCAAGAAAUCAAUGCAGCUCCCGCCACUGUCGAGGCCAGUCGUGCAAUUCAAUCUUGCACAAUCAAACAGAGGCUCGCACUCCGGCUGUCUGAAAAAAGAAGCAGUGACUCUGACCACAAUCUGUCCCUCCCGAGUCAGUCGAGCAAGGGCAGCACCGACUCCGGCUACUUCUCGCGCUCAGAGAGCGCUGAGCACCAGACCGGUCCUCCCAACACAAACGCAAAGUCCUACCAAGAGAUCAUGUUUGGGAAAUGUUAUCGGCCAAGCCCAAAACAGACAACAUCUUUUGUGGCUUGUAGUGCGGACUCAAUUGAAUAUACAGGCAAUCGCUCAGAAAAAGGCGUUUCUCGCGUUUUCACCCAGGAAAAAGACACCGUGGAGUCAAUAAAAAUAAACACAAAGUCGUUCACGAGGGAAGAGGUCAAGGAACCCCAGCUGGACGCUGGCUCCGACGUCGGGCCUCUGAUGAGGAGCAACUCCAUGCCAACAUCUUCAGCGGUCUGUCUGACGAUGCCUCAAGCCCUCAGAGGCAGCCACUCGUUUGACGAGAGAACGAGCACUGGGGGCAUGAGGAGACUCAGGCGGCAAGCAGCUUUCGAGUUAUCCGCGCAUGAUGGCCACACAGACACCGACAGCCACGGAAAGAUGGGCGAGAGUGGCGUUACCCCCUCAGGAUUGGAAAUGGAAAAUCACCCCUCCGUGGCGCCAAGCAUGAGCCAUCAGAGGCAGGCGAUGGAGCUGGCAACGCGUAAGCGUCGGAAAGAAAAGCGAGAGGAGGAGGAUUUACCGGGUCACUAUGAGGGUCGUCACGAACAUUGUGAAGAAAUGUGUGAUUCAAGCAAGGAUUAUGAUGUAAAACAAGCUGCGGUAGGCAUGAUGGCUUUAGGAAAAGGACUGUCUCAGACUGACAGGUGUGACAUGGACAUAUCAAUCAGCUCAGAAAUGUGUGGCCGAAAAACUUUGGGGAAUGUAAUUUCAGUUAUUCAGCACACCAAUUCAAUAAACAGGCCUCACUCUGAACAGCCAGAUGCUUACAAAUAUCACGGGCUGAGGCAGGAGAGCAUGCCGUCGUUUCAAGCUAUGGAGGCGAGUGAAUCAUAUGAAAUGGAGGGGAGUGACAGCAGGUUAAGGCAAUCAGUUCAAAUGGGGCCCAAACUUGUGCGGCAGCCCAAUAUACAGGUCCCAGAAAUCAGGGUCACGGUGGAGCCUGACAGCCCGGAGAAAGCUCCAGAGGUGCAGGUGAAGGAACCGGAAAAGCACGUGGAGGAAUUUCAGUGGCCUCAACGGAGUGAAACCUUAGCACAAUUCCCUCCAGAAAAGCUCCCUCCAAAGAAGAAAAGGCUGCGACUGGCUGAUAUUGAGCACUCAUCAGGUGAAUCGAGCUUCGAGUCCGCCUGCACCAGCCUCUCACGCAGCCCAAGCCAAGACAGCAACCUGUCUUACAGCUCCACCUUCUCCUUUGACAGGGAGGAGAGCUUGAAGUCAGCCUCUCCAGCCAGGCACGAUGAAUUUGGCAAACCACUGGAGCUCCUGGCUGUGCCAGGGAGUGGGCACUCCCUCUCCGUGCUCAACCAGCGUCAACAACAUGAAAUGAGACGCUCCUCCUCCGAGCAAGCGCCUUGUAACUUGCGCAAGGAGUUCCCGGACGUACGCAGCAUAUCAUUUGACUAUGGCAGCCUCUCUCCAACAUCCAAAGUUAGACACGUGGACAUGAGCACUGUGAAAGAGAGGAGGAGGGGAAACUUGGUGAGACAGGAGUCAUUGAAUAUGGAUACUGAAGCAACACAAGUCCCAUCACAAAUGUUUCCGCAGUACUUCAGCAGCACGUCUCCUCCCUUCACUGCUGUCACUGUUCUGCCUCAGACUUUGCCAAUAUUUUCUACAGGGAAUACAUUUCCCCAGCUGUCACAUCCCAGCCUCUUAGUUCCUGUAAGAAUUCAGACUCAUGUGCCAUCCUACGGCAGCAUCACCUACACUUCAGUAUCACAGAUUUUCGACAAUCAGUGUGACGGCGUGAGCUCCACUACACCCACCAUUCAGAGCCAGACCGCACGAUUGUCUGGAAAUCUUGAUUCUCACAACACAAAGCCGCCUUUGGCGCACAACCUCAACGUUGAAGCCCUCGAUUUGUCAUCGGCCAAGCUGAAGACAGGCAUCCCUCUCUCUCUGACCUCCAGAACGAUCUCCACCACCAAUGCCUCCAGUGGCGGUGCAAACAAACGGAUGCUAUCCCCCGCCAGCAGCCUGGACCUGUUCAUGGAGGUCAAGCAACAGAAACGUGUGAAAGAGGAGAGAAUGUUUGGGCAGAUUGUGGAGGAGCUGAGUGCUGUGGAGCUGGGAAAAUGUAAUUUGAGUGAAGAGAAGGGGCACAGGUCGGAGAUGCAGGGGGCACCAACACCUCAUGCUGAGGAUGACUCACGUAGGAGUAAAUUUAUCACACUUCAGCAAAAAGGGAGCGAGGCCACUGACCACGGCGUCGAAUCCGCGAUGGAAAGUAGCUGCCAGGAAACAAGCUCGCCUCCUUACUCCAUGAUAUCAGUCAGCGAAGUGAAAGAAGCUGGCAUGGAGAAACGGGUGCAGAUGGAUAUGGUGGCACAGCUGGUUCCCAGUCAAGACAUCCUGAUCUCAGACGCCGAGCAUUCAAGACUGUUAUCUCAGUUUCCAAGUCUUCGCACGACGACAGGUGUGAGCUGGUGUUAUCUCAACUACACCAAGCCGAGCUGCUCUCACGGCGGCGCCCCUUUCUCCUCUGUGUACGCCACCUGGUGUGUGAGCUCCCACAACCCCAACCCUCUUGAACUGAGCACCAGCGCUGCGUUGGCUCUGCUGCACUCCAGACAGAGGGGAGACAAGGUUAUAUACACCGUGGCCGCCAUGUGUCAGCCUGGCACGGGAAAACUGGUUUCAUCCCUCAUCUUGUGGAGGCAGACCAUGGAGCAGCUGCAGAGGAAACCCGAGCCCAAAGAGGUGGACAUCACCUACGGGAAGAAGGUGAAAGACAUCAGCUGCAGAGCCAAAACUGCCAAGGAGGAGUGGAAAGAGAGGGAGGCCUCCACCGCGCAGACAGUGCCAACACGAAUUAAGAUCUUCGAGGGAGGGUACAAGUCCAAUGAAGACUACGUGUAUGUCAGAGGGCGAGGGCGGGGGAAAUACAUUUGUGAGGAGUGCGGGAUUCGCUGCAAGAAGCCCAGCAUGCUGAAAAAACACAUCCGGACCCACACAGAUGUGCGACCGUACAUCUGCAGGGUGUGCAACUUUGCUUUUAAAACUAAAGGAAACCUGACUAAACAUAUGAAGUCGAAGGCACACAUGAAGAAAUGUCUUGAGCUGGGAGUGUCAGUAACAAUGGAUGACGCAGAGAUUCAGGAGCACGCAGACGACAUCCAACAAGAGUCCAAAGCUGAGGUGACGGCAAUGACCAAACAUCAGUUCUCCGAUGCUGAAGACUCCGACGGCAUGGACGAGGAAGUCGACGAAAUCGACGAAGAGGACGACGAGGACGAGGAGUACGAGGGCGAUUCCACCCCCAAGCUGCGUUCCAGAAGCACCAGUCCCCAGCCGUGCGGCGUCACCUCGCUGUCGGUCACCGCCACCGCCGCAGUCCACGGCUGCUCGCUCAGCUCUCUGCCCGGAGCCGACGGCCGCCAGCCGGCCUCCGGCCGCCGCUCGGGCUCGGAGCAGCGAAACGUCCUCGUAACUGAGCCCAGAGAGAAGUCCAUGGACGAGGACUCCCUGACCAUGCUGUCCCCGGACCAGAGCAACUUCCUGUUUGACCCUUACUCUUCUUGCCUGCUGUCCCCCGGCUGGGAGUCCCCCAUCAGGGAGCCCUCCCCGUCGCGGCUGCGCUAUCCGUCGCCGAGGCGGGAGCUCUCCCAGAGAGGUCGCUCCUCCCCCAGGUGGGAUACCUCCCCCCUGAGGCCCGGCUCGCCCGGCUUCUCUCCCAUCCAGCACCCGUCCCCAGUGUCCAUGGAGCGGCCUAUGUCUCCGGGGACCGAGCUGGCGGGGAAACGGGAGUCGUCGGCGAGGGGCAGGCAGAGGGUGGUGCUCAGGGCCGUCUCCCCCCGCAGAGGAUCGCACCAACAUAAAGGUGGCAGCGAUAAAACCAGACACCAGGCCAAGAUGGAGAUGGCACAGCAACAUGGAGCCUUUGAGAUGGAAAUGGAUCAAAGGAGCGGCUUGGCGUCGACUCUGCCCGGCGCUGCCAGUUCUCAUCACCAGAACAUCCUCAGCCACCUCCCCCUCCACUCCCAGCAGCAGGCCCACAGCUUGCUGCCCGUGGUCCCCGUCGGAGGGCUCCAGAUGUCGCCCUCCCCGUCCUCCUCCUGCCCCGACGCCAGCCCCGCCUCUGCGCCGAGCCCCCAGAGCAGCGAGGGCCAGCGCUGCAGCAGCAGGGAGGGCUCGCUGCUCGGCCCCGAGACGGGAGGGGAGGACGGCGGGGCCGAGAGGAGCCCCGACCCCGGCGGACAGGAGGAGAACGUCCAGAACUGCCUGAAAGCCAUCGCCUCGCUGAAGAUCACCACAGAGGACCCUCACUAAAUAUAAAAAAAAAACCUCCGCUUUUCUGUCUCCUCGAUUUGACCCAGGAACACACUCCGCCCUCUCUCCGCUACACCUGCAAACUUGUCAUCUUCGGCCCUUUAGGCACAUAACCUCAGCGUUACUCCAUUAGAGGCAAUAUAAUAACACUCCCUCUGGUCUUGCACAUUCUCCAGCCAGCUUCUUCGUGGAGAUCAAACCACCUCAGCGAAGAAGGAGAAACCAAUGCCGUCUGAUGUGCUCUGUCUGCAGAGGUUCUUUGAAAACAGUUGGAUGAGCAGCAGGGUGUUUUUUUUUUUUUUUUUUGCAAGGUGGAGAAUCAUUAUUGGGUGCAGGUGCAAUAUGGAAAGAUAUUAUGCUAAUAUGCCUUUGUCUGACAUAGUAGUUUGCGUACAAUUGCACAUGAAUUAUAUUUAUGGAUUCUGUACAAAUGUCCUUAACAUAUACUCCUUCUUAGAUGCAUACAAACAGUGUAUUUUACUGUGUGUACUUUGAAAAUAGACUGUUGUUUAUGUAAUCAUAUCAAGGUGUGAUGCAGUAGUGCAGUAAAAUAAAGACUAUUUAUAAGGGGAAAAGUAUGUGUAUUAUGAAAAAGUCUGACCAAAUUUUAAGUAGACGCUUCUUGUGCAGUUUGGUGCUUCUGAUCAAGCGGCAAGGGUCUGUGCCUUUAUUUUGCUUUUGACCGUUUCUUUAUGGGAAAGUGGCUGUCGUUAUUUGUUGUUGGAUAAGGAAAAAGAUGGGGAGCGCUCUUCAAUGCAGACGCGUCUGCGCUUUGGGAGAGUCAGCUCAGAGGAAAAAAUAAAAAGCUUUGUUCCUUUUUUUUCUUUUCAUUUCUUCCUCUGUCAGUUGCUCCUGACAGACAGACGCAGCUUGAUUUACGUACGUGAAACAAUCUUAAAAAAGAAAAAAAAAAAUGUUUAUGUUGCUUUUUUUUUUUUUUUUUUUUUUCUUAAUGUUGUGGUUUUUAUCUCGGUAAAAAUGCAUGGGAUUUGCUAUUGCACAAAAAUAGAGGAAGUAAUUAUGUAAUUAUGAAAACUGUAAGAUGUAUUUAUAUAUUAGAACGUAAGCACUUAUUGAUACUGGUAAAUAUUUGACUACUAUUUAUAUGGUAUAUCUGUACUUAUGCAGCAGUGAUGCAGUUAUGCAGUGAGCCACGCUGGCAUUGCUUUUAAUCUCAUGUCUUUGCUUUGAAUAAACAAAACAGCUUUUUAUUAAUUCCCCCCCCCCCCCCUCCCCUCCCUCGCUUAUACAGAUGACCAUAAGCAUUUUAUGAGUUGUAAAAGAUGCACUUUCAUCCCCUCAUCCUCGAUGUUUUGAACUGACUCAGUCCGUGGAGAAACGGGGGAGUGGAACGCGUUUGGUUCUCUCGCGGUUUUGAAAACAUUCCAGUUGUUUUUCCACUGUUUCUCAUUGUGUGAAUAACAUGUUGCACACAAAUCCGAAGGGGCUAUGAUGAUCAGUCAGUCGUACAUUUUCCUGCGUUUCGAGUGUUUAACUGGAUAAAUCAAUAUCACUUACUGUAAGUAAUGCUAAAUUAAUGAUGUUAAUAGCAUGAAUUGGUCGACUAUUACUGUGCUUCAGCUCAAAAUGUGAGUAAUCAUUCACCAAAUGCAUUACUUCUUCUCUGUAUAUAUACGUGUAUUUUUAUGAUUUAAACUAUUUUUGCAGUGUUGAAUUCUGAAAAAAAAAACUUUUUAUGUGGAUUGUUUAUAUCUCUUUAUGAGGUAAAAUGUCUGCAGCUGACGUGAGGAAAGCCGGUUUAAUGAGGGCGGAAAUAGCACAGUGUUCAUCGCUAACACGGUGUCUCACCUUUUUAAAAAAAAAAUUGUAUUCGCGUCUUCGGGUGGCUAUCGGUUUGAGAACGGAUUUUCAAAAUAAAAAAAAAAAAGAAACACUUUGUUCACUCAUGUUUACAUAGAAAAAGAUUUUUUAAAAGGUGCACUGCUUUAACUUUGUGUUUCCCUUUCUGAAGAUGUAUGUAGCUUUGAUUUCACGGUCGUGUACUUUUCUUUGUCGUGAUAUCGGUGCAGAACGCUCAUAAAAUGUGAAGGGAAAGUGAAGCCUUUUCUUUGCUUUUGCAUACAGUAUGUAUUCAGAUUGUGUUUGUGUUCUGUUUCCGUUUUUCUUUUUUCUAUUGUGUAUUCAUAUUAACUGAACUGCAUUGUGCCUCUCAUGUCUAUGGAAAUUCCCUGUAAAACACACAGAGGACAAAUCAUUUUACCUCUCAGCUAAGAAUUUUUUGAGGGAAAAAAAAA